GGGAUGGCGUAGUUCAAAUUCGAUUGUUUGUUUUUGCAAUUUUCCGAAGUGAUGGUGUAUAUGGGAAACUUUGGUUACUUUGAGAAGAAAUGAAGCCGGCAACUAAGAAAUCAGAACAGAAGCAGUCCACAGAAGUCAAAGAUCUUCCUCCUCCACCUCUUCCACUUCCAUACAAGACAUGCAAUUUGAAAGUUUCCAUUCACUGUGAAGGCUGCAAAAGAAAAGUGAAAAAAAUCCUUACCACCAUUGAAGGUGUUUAUAGAGUGGACAUUGAUGUGAAGCAGAAUAAGGUAACGGUGAUCGGAAUUACUUCACCGGAGAUUUUGUUAAAGAAGCUUCUCAAGUCAGGCAAACACGCCCAUCUAUUGCCGGAGAUACCCGACCCGGUAGAGAAUAAACCUGUCGACCCGAAAGAGAACAAAGCCGUCGACCCGAAAGGGAAGAAUAAGAAGAAAAAGAAGACCGAAGAAAAACCGGAAGUAACCGAUACUGAUAAACCGGAAUCUGAUAACCCCGAUGCCGCUGGAGAGUGUAGUUCCGGCAACGGCGGUGAAACUUGUGAUCCGGUGAAAGAGGAGAAGAAGGUCGUUGUUAUAGAGAAAGUUUCUGUUCCGGCUGAAUCUCCAGCACCGUCACCAGUGGACACUCCGGCGCCGGCGGAGGAGAAGAAAGCUGAAGAAAGUAGUGGCAAUGUUGGUAAAAAGAAGAAAAAGAAGGGGCAGAAAAUAAGCUGUGAUAACAACUCUAGCGGUGGGCCUGUCCGCACUCGAUCACUUCCUCCGCCGCUCAUUACACCUGAAACAGAUCACGACCGUCCAUUUAAUCGGAACGAUGGCCAUCGAAAUUUGGCCAAUAACAAUCCGCCACCUCAUGAUAUGUAUCAUUAUCCACCAAACUACUUUGCACCGCAGAUUAUGUACGGCCUAUGUUAUAACGUUGCUCAACCUCCGGUGAGUAUAGACGGGGCGUCGUAUUACUCACCUGCGCCACCGCACGCGUACGCUUAUAUGCACCCGGGAUAUCUACCGUCCGAUCAAAACCCUUUUCCAUCUCGACCGUCCGAUUCGUUUGAGCUAUUCAGCGACGAGAAUCCAAACGGUUGUUCGGUGAUGUGAUUGAGAACCAGGAAGGAAAAUAACGAGAAUGACCUAUAACUUUUUCUUAUACACCUUGUAUGAGUAAAGGGUGGUCUCGUAAUUUAAACUUGUAGACUUGGAUGUGAGCUAAUGGUCUUAUGAAAGAAAGACUUUUUAGUUAGGUUUAAGACUAUGAUUAUGAUUAUGUUAGAGAAAGUGAUAAGCGUUGUCCAGGAAAAAAAAAAGAUAUGCUUUUGUUUCU